AUGGGUAAAACUCGCAACGACGAUGACCAACAUUUUAAACAAUCUGCUUCAACUACAAGUCGAUGUUCCGAGAAUGACACUGACAGUCAUAUCAGUACACCAUUUGAAAGAUACGUGAAAAAAUUGGAGGACCAAAUACGUCUAAAAGAUAACGAAAUAUAUAGACUGGACGAAAAAUUGUCAGCGUUUCAACAACGAAUUAAUUUAGUGAAAUCUCAACAAGGAGAUGGGAACGUCUGCCACAAUUGCCAUUUAAGACUCAAUCACACCGCAAGAAAAUGUAUGUUUGAUUCAUGCACCACUUUGUUUCAAUGUGGCGAAGAGAGAUUUCAUCCAACUGAAAAUGUUGCUAAACAGUAUACGGUGUCUUUGAGUAAACUUAGAAACGAAAAGGAACAGAUGCGGAAAGAUUUGGAAAGCAAGAUAAAUGCGUCUAAAAAAGUUACAACAUCUAUUCACAAUAGAAUUGAGAACAAGCUUUUGCAGGAAAAUAACAAGGCUUACUAUGAAAGUGGUGUCAAGAAUUGGACAUUAGUAAGAAAACACGUUUACGCUUUGCAAUGCUACAGCCAAAAAUACCUUAACGGCAAAAUUCCUCCAAAGCACGAACUACUCGAAACCCUAGAAGAAGCCCUUGAGGAAUUUUCACCAGUCGAGCGAAUGAAGUUAGUACAUCAAGCUAAACCUCGUAAAAAGUGCGAGUUUGCUAGUAAGAGUCUUUUAGAAGGAUAUGGCGUAGAGUUCCCAGUCGGGCCAAGGCCAAAAGACAGUAUAUCGCGCUCAGCCUGCAAUGAUUCGAACUAUUCGAGAGACUAUUCUUGUUUAAUUCCUGAAAAUGAAGCCGAAGAAGAAGCACAACUCGGCUUAUGUAUUAGAGAAAGUUUACGUGAAAGUACCACCAUGUCAACGGCCACUGCCACUAGUACUGCUGGUGCCCUAAACGAAGGUACUGAAGGUAAAGGAACCGAGAUAAUUCCAACAUUCAUUCAUACAAUUGAGCUGACACAAUCGGUAGAAUUUAAUAAUAGCAAUGAUAAUGAUAAUAUCAAUAUAAACAUUAACAAAGAAGAAACAUUGGAUUUGGAGACAACUACAGACAAAGAGACUGCCGAAUUGCUGCUUUCACUGUCACGAAUGAAAUAA